AGUUAAAUCACAAGGGUAUAUAUAUCUAGUGUGGUACUUUAGACCGCAAAUAGAGAAUAGACCGUAAGUCAACGAACUUACAUGUAUUGUUUAUAUAUUGAUCAGUGUUAAUUACAUGAUUAAUCUGAGUUUAAGACGACUAAUCAAAUUAAAAAGCUACUAAAAAUAUGAAGCGGUCCGAUUGGAUUUAUUAAAAAAGAAAAGAAAACGAAAGACUGGUAUAAUAAAACCGGAAAAUUCAGGUGAAAUCAACAAACCGGUUUCUUUUGUGAUUUGAAUGAACUUAAACCCUUGUUGAUAUCAAAAGAAGAAACCCUAGUCUCUCCGACUCUCCGUAGACGACGAAGUUAUCUUCUUCAAUUCAUCGUCUCUUCUCUGCUCUGCUUUGCUCUAGAUCACAAAUUAAAAGACUUCAUUAGUCUUCCUGUCUCCACCAUUACCUUCUUCCUUUUUAACUCAGCCACGACGAGCAGACUAUUGUUCUGUUUUCCUUGUAUAAAAAUGGCGUCGAUGAUGUUUACCGAUUGCUCCUCCACCACGACGUCGCGUCUCAUCCAUUUGAACCGAAGCAGCGGUACUUUCCUCCUCCGUCAAUGCGUCGGCCAACUCCGUUUACAGACCACUGCUUCUGGCCGUGGCUGCUGCAUUCGCUCCUCUUCUUCUCCCAUUUCUUCCAUUUCCGCUGAUACAAAAUCAGAGGGUGGCGCAAUUGUAAUAGAUGGAAAGGCUGUGGCAAAAAAGAUUAGAGAUGAAAUCACAAUUGAAGUUUCAAGAAUGAAGGAAUCAAUUGGUGUGAUUCCUGGUUUAGCAGUAAUCCUUGUUGGUGACAGAAAAGAUUCUGCAACUUAUGUGAGGAACAAGAAGAAAGCUUGUGACUCCGUUGGAAUCAAAUCGUUCGAAGUUCGUCUAGCUGAAGAUUCAUCAGAAGAAGAGGUGUUGAAAUCUGUAUCAGGAUUCAAUGAUGAUCCUUCUGUCCAUGGAAUCCUUGUUCAGUUGCCUCUGCCAUCGCAUAUGGAUGAACAGAACAUACUGAAUGCGGUUAGUAUAGAGAAAGAUGUUGACGGAUUUCAUCCGCUAAAUAUUGGACGGCUUGCCAUGCGUGGAAGAGAACCCUUAUUCGUUCCUUGUACUCCAAAAGGAUGCAUUGAGUUGUUGCAUAGAUACAACAUUGAAAUCAAAGGAAAGAGAGCGGUUGUUAUCGGAAGGAGUAACAUUGUCGGUAUGCCAGCUGCUCUUUUACUGCAGAGGGAGGAUGCAACCGUUAGCAUUAUCCAUUCAAGAACCAAGAACCCUGAAGAAAUCACAAGAGAAGCUGAUAUUAUAAUCUCAGCUGUUGGACAGCCAAACAUGGUCAGAGGAAGCUGGAUAAAACCGGGCGCAGUCCUCAUCGAUGUUGGGAUUAAUCCUGUUGAGGAUCCAAGUGCUGCGCGUGGAUAUCGAUUGGUUGGAGACAUUUGCUACGAGGAGGCUAGCAAAGUUGCAUCAGCCAUCACACCUGUUCCUGGCGGUGUAGGACCAAUGACCAUAGCCAUGCUUCUAUCCAACACUUUAACAUCAGCUAAGAGGAUUCACAACUUCCAGUGACGUCACUUAAAAAGAAGAUUGCUGGCCUUUUGGGAAACAAACAAAUCGUACUCUGUUUUUUGAAGCCAAUGAUUUACUUUGGUCUUUAAAGAAAGUUAUCGUUUUGUUCUAUGAAACAAAACAUGUAGUUUUUAAGUCACAUAAAUUGUCUUCAACAUUGUUUGUCUCUUCUUGGUAUUUUGAGUCAGAACUAGUUUUAACUUAUCCCAGCUAUGAUAUAUCCCAGCCUCACCCAUCGGUCUCUUCGUCAUUAUACUUUAUUUAUAACUACCUUUCAA